CGUCGUCGAGAUGAAGAUUUCGUUGCUUGGUUGCGGCGCAUUGCUCGCGCCGUCGGUCGCCGAUGCGGCCGGCCUGGCGUCGCGAAUGAUGGCAGCGUCCCUCGUGUCAUGCGCUGCCGCGGGCGUCGGAGGGACCUCUCCUGGCCAACACCGCGCGCUCGAAGAGACCGAGGACACCCCCUCUACGAUGCCAUCCUUCAACGCCACGGAGCCCCCCAGCUUCACCAGCAGCAGCUACGGUUCGCACGACCGGAUGAUAUCCUUCAACUCCACGUCCUCCACCAGCAGCUUCCACCGGGGCGACGAGGACGACUCGGACUCCUAUUCCUUCUCGUACUCGUUUGAUGGAGGAGGAGGAGGCGGUGGCGGUGGCGGUGGCGGCGGCGGCGGCGGGGACGACAACGGCGGUGGCGACAACGGCGGCGGAGGCGAUGGCGGAGGGGGCAAGGGGGGUGGUGGCACCGGCGCCGACGCUGGCGAUACCGCUGCUCUUUCCAACACCGAGAGCUCGCUCGUGGAGGACGACGGGGGGAGCGUCAGCACGGUCCUGUUGGUUGUCCUGGCCUUGUUCGCCGCCGGGGCCGCGUGGCUGCUGUACCGCACUUGGGCCAAGAGGCGCAUGGCCUGGCGCCGGUUGGGCGACGAGGCGCUGCUGCCGUAACUCGAGGGGAUGACGACUCGAGGGGACCAUGGCUAUUCAUGUGAUGGUCGAAGCAGGAUCAUGGCUAUUCGUUGAAUACUCGAUGGGAGGAUCAUGUUUGCUCGUUGUUCUCCAGCGAUCUAUUGCACAGGAGUGGUCAUGGACGUCAAGACUCCGGCUGGCGAGAGAAUUUAGCUAGCUCUAUUUGAUUCAUACAGCAGUCGUAUGUGGAGGGAGGGCUGAAAAGACAGAGACGCGCGUGUUGCCACCUUGCUGUUUUCUGCCCCCCAAAUCGUCUGUUUUUUGAAUAUGUACGAUUUUGGUAAAAGGCGUCCUAUUUGUGUUUUUCUAUAUCUCCAAUCGUGUAUACUAUUUAAAUUUUGUUGGAAGGCAGCCAAGCCGUACAUGUCAUUGUCAUUGUUGCUUGUCUACGGCCACCGCUGUGUCGGCGGGAGGAAAAUUGUUCUGAAACAGCGAGAAGAGCCUUCGGCAUUCUUCGGCUGGACCUGUUCAGGCAGUUGUACGGCGUGUACCGGUAUGUAGUAUUGUUGUUCUUGUUCGAAUCGUUCCCCCCACCCCACCACCACUUUGAUAGUCAAUCGUGGGGCGAACUGCUCUUGCGUUACCAUCUAUCUGUGCCUCGUGCGUUGUUCGGAGAGAGUUUUUCUGUUGUCUCCGUGUUGGCGGGGGAUGAAGGCUGCUCAGCUCUCUCUUUUCCUCUAGAAAGGUUGUGGGGUGUAGUUGCGACGGAUGGCAGUGUGAGCUGCACACGCCCUGGGGCUGAUGAGCGGAGGAAUGGACGGCUAUUUUGGUAGCCACGGGUUUUUUCGGUAGAAUUUUCCUUCUGUUUCGACUUUUUUUUUUCUCGGGGACUCGACGGUUUGAUGGCCGCGUUGUGGAUCAUCGGUGGCGUGUUUUCGUGGACACGGAGGCAGGCAGGCAGGUUGAAAAUUCCGUUCGUGGCGUGCGCGGGAAUCUUGUGCAAGUGUUGACACAUCAAUCAAUUUUUGUUGAACUAAUAUUUUCACGCACGCACGCGUAGAGGCGUGCGUCCUCUUGCUUUAUGUUGAGUUUUUCUCUCCGCAGUCGCGCGCAACGCCAGAACAGCAGACCAAGCGCCCCGCUUGUGUCGCUGUUGAUGUAUGGAUGCCCCAUCACGCAUGCAAGUCAAAGGAAAAACC